AUGGCAUAUACCGGCCGCACCGUGCCUCUCAUUGUGACGAGUGUGUUCUGGGGCUUCGUUGGCUUCCUGGUGCCCUGGUUCAUCCCUAAGGGCCCCAACCGGGGAGUUAUCAUCACCAUGUUGAUGACCUGUUCAGUUUGCUGCUGUCUCUUUUGGCUGAUUGCAAUUCUGGCCCGACUCAACCCUCUCUUUGGACCACAGUUGAAAAAUGAAACCAUAUGGUACAUCAAGCAUCACUGGCCUUGA